AUUUAUAUAGGAGAUGUGUUAUCAGAAUGAACGCCUGGACAACUGGAUAUUUGGACAGGACACUUUUCAAAGCUGAACUUUCUUCAUAACAAAACUGACAAGAACGAACUGGAAUAAUAGCAGAGAAUCAUCUUUAGUAGAUCAUGAUUUUCUCAACUAUUUUAAUUUGCCUGGGCAGCGGAUUCUUAAUGCUGGAAUACUCAGCACAACAACUAAAUCUGCCAAUUGAGGUGAGCGACUUUUUCACUGUUGUCAAUUCUAAGUUCACUUUCGUGGAUAAAACCGAGUUAAUCCAUGCCAUCAUGGAGGACAAAGCUAAGGUUCUUUUGAUAACACGACCACACCACUUUGGCAAAACAUUUGCACUAUCAAUGCUCCAAAAUUUCGUAGCGAACAACGAUUCUCGUCCACAGAAUGACUCUCAAGUAGACCUAUUUCAAGGGUUGAAAAUAGAAAAAAUGAAAUUUUCAUCAUUACACAAAUACCAAUACCCAGUCAUUUAUAUUUCAUUUGAGGGUGUGGUAGAACCCACUUCUAGUGGAGCAGAAGCCAAGGUUCGGUCAAUAAUAAAGGACUUGUAUCAUAAACAUGAAUACCUGCUCCACAGAAAGAAACUCAAUCAGGAGGAUGAAGAUUACUUCAGGAGAAUUCUCAAUGAGACAGCUGUUUACCAGGAAGUUAAACUAUCAGUUGCUUCUCUCAGUAGGUUCUUGCACGCAGCAACUGGAAAAAAAGUUGUUCUAUUGUUUGAUGCAUACGACAAGCCUUUUUAUACAGGAUAUUUCUACGACUACGAUUGCCAGAUGAAGAGUUUAAUUGGUGAGAUGCUUAAAUACAGUUUAAAAAUUCAUGGAAAAUAUAUAGAAAAAGCUGUGCUCACUGGUAAAGUUGUGCUGACCGAGGAAACAUUCCUUUCUGAAUUGGAAGAUUUGAAAAUACAUUCUGUUUUCAAUGAUACAAGGUACGCACAUCAUUAUGGCUUCACAGAGGUAGAAGUUGAUGCUUUACUCGCAAAGACACAUAAAAUGUCACAAAAAAUGGAGUUAGCAGUUGCAUAUUGUGGGUAUAAUUUCUCUGGUAGUAUUGUUUACAACCCACACUCAUUAAUACAUAGUUUGAAAGAGGGCAAACCUGGCUCCUACUGGUCAGAUGAACCAGACUUGAUGAGAAUUUCGAAAGCAUUACUGAUGACUGUGGGAAUGAAUAUAAAGGGCGUUCUGGUCUGUUUAUUCCAAAAUAAUCUGGAGGUUGGUUUAAACAUUGAAGAACAGUUUUCUUUCCAGACUCUGCAAAACGAGGAAAAUAAUUUAUGGACUCUACUUGUACAUGCUGGUUACUUGAACGCAGUGAGUCAACGUAAUGUAGAUGAUGUUAACUUCAAAAUAUUGAAAAUUCCAACACUGGAUGCCAAGAACUGCUUAAGGAACCUUUGUCAAGCAGCCUUUAAAAAUCAAUUGGAGACAAUCAUCGCAAAUUUCACAGAAUUCGAAAAGAGUAUAACAGAAGUCAACUUACCUAAAAUGGAGAAAUUCAUCGCUAGAAGCCUCCGAGAAGGUGGAAGGUUUUACAACUUCAAAAAAUUCAAUUCCAAGAAUAUGUAUUUGUCUUAUUUCUUGGGCUUACUGUCUCCCCUCCUCAAAUUUUACGCUAUUACAUCAAAACAAAAGGUGGGAUAUGGUCAGUAUGACAUUGCUCUGGCUCCAAAUAAAAAAAUGCGGAGAAAAUUUCCAGGGAUGAUUAUUGAACUCCAAAUAGCUGGAAAUAAUGAGAGUACUGAUGAGGCAGCAGGAAGAGCUGCAAAUAAAGUUGAUGAUAAACAAUACAUCUCUGUCUUUCACGGUCAAAACUACACGAAAUUUUAUGCUGUGGGAAUAGGGCUCUCGGAGCAAAAUGUCAGCAUCUACGGUUCUGAACUCGCUCUUAUGAAUACUGAUCCAGAACCAGAUGAUGAAGAUGAUGAACCUGAGGAUCUCCCAGAUUGGAAUAAUAAGUUUGUAAUUGAUUCUUUUAUGAGACCGCCUAUUGAUAACCAAAAUACACGUUUCUCUCACCACUGAACGUAA